AUGCUUUUCCCCAGAGAUGAGCAGAGUCACCCGCCCCCCAGCGACCACAUUGAGGAGCCAUCUCCCAAGCGCCGCAAGACGGUCAGUUUCUCGGAGUACGUCGAGCUACGAGUGAUCGACGCGACGAACGGUUCGCUAUUGAGCUCCGAGGCCAGAAAGAUGAGGAACCGCCGCGAUGGCCUACCGGACAGGAUUGAGCGCGAGUUCCAACUCAUCGACAGACGUCUUAAAAUCCUCCUUUCCAGGGGCUUCUUGGGCGAUACCCUGGCCCACAAUGUCCCGGCUGUCCAAAACUGGACUUAUUAUGCCGUGACAGAGCUGCUGAACCAUUUCUUGAGGGAUAAACAGACCGCCCGGCAUAUGUGCUAUAUCGCUAGGAAAUUAGGACGCCGCACUAGCUCGAUCUAUCUGGCGCUGGCAAGGAUUUUCAAGAGGAUGGAAGACCUGGCGAAAGAGCAACUCGCCGAGGAGAAGGACGACUACGACGAUGACGACAGCGACGAUGAUGACGAUGGCGAUGAAGACGACGAUGAGGACGGUGAUUGGGAAGAUGAGGAUUACGAAGGCGCACAGCCCUUGCCUUUUAGACGACAGGAGGACACUGACGACCAGGGAGACACCGAGGAGCAAGAGGACACUGAUGACGAGGAGGAUACCGAGGACCAAGAGAAUACCGAGGACGAGGAGGACAUUGAGGAUGAGGAGGACACCGAGAUUGAGGAAGAUGCCGAGGACCAGGAGAACACUGAUGCCCAAGAGAAUACCGUGAUUCAGGAGAACGAAGAGAAGGAAGAGAACGAGGAGGGAAAUGGUGAGAUUCACGGCGACGAACACGAACAUCGGGCCAUAGAAGCCAGUCAAGGUGGCCUCGAAAAGGUUGAGGAGAGUCAAGAGAAGAGCAACGAGGAGAGAGGCAAACCUGUGGGUGACCAGGAAGCCUAA